AUGUUCCACCUCUACUUCGUCAAGUACCUGCUCGCCCGGAGGCCCGAGAUCACCGGUGAAGAAUCCCGCCCCAAUCGUCUAUGGUGCCAUCUACAGCACGACCGUCGCGCCGCCGCACUCGUCCGCUACGGCAUCCUCGCCGAUGCCGGCGUUUUCAGUGCCAAGCAUAUCAGAGAAGAAAGUUUCCCCAAUCGCCGUCUACAGCACCAUUCACACCGUAAUUUUCGGUCCUCUACGCCAUCUCUGACGGCGUCGGCGUUGCCGAAUCCACCUCCAGUGACGUUGGCGUCGACAGAGCACACCAUCAAUCGGGCUCCGUUGCCGGUGAAAAUUGGGAAUUUCACAGCGAGGCAAAAUACAAUCCGAUCAGCGGUGGACCAGAUUUCACUUGGUUUAGGUAUCACCGCCCAUGAGCUCCCCGCCAACAUCGACCGUAUUAUCCACCGCCCCUGCCUUUUUACCCAUCGCCCAGAGGCUGGAUGUCAUUUCGGACCGAUGGAUGCGCGUGGAAUUUUAUAUUCGCAGUCUACUUCGCCUUUGGGUUCGUGGCUGGGAGUUCCUCGAAGUAAGUUUCCGGUUGCUGGAGAAACUCGAAAGAGGAGAGAAGGGAAUAGAUAUCGUAAGCUAUGGUAGAUAUGGAUGAUGGGGAUAACAUCUACAUGCAACCCUGGAGAGGAACAAUCAUAGGCCAACACAAUGUGAAUCACUUGGACGUUGCCCAUGAGUUGAUCGACCCGGUGAUUUCAGCUGAAGAAAAGCAAGUCGGUUUAUAUUAGCAUUAGCUGCAAUUUAUCAGUGAUCCCUCACCCAACUUUCUCCAAUUGGUAUCAAGCGCGUCACCAAGGGGGCCCCACUAGUGUCUUGCCGGUUGAGGACACGGUCAGCCUGGAGAACUAAAUCAAGCCUAGCCCUAGGUGUGGAGGUUCUCUGGCAGGGAAACUCCAGUCUCCAAUUUGGGACUAUGGGUCUUUCUUUGAAAAUUAUUUAAGUUAUAGGGACUUAUUUGCAAUUUGAAGAAUUUUAAAUAUAUUGCAAUUUAGUUCAUGGGUCAAAUAUGUAUUUUUUCAAAAAUUUACUA